CUCAGGGUCGCUAAAAGCUUGUGCGAAAAACCCCUGUAGCCGCAACUGUUCCAGCAGCUGCGCCCCAGCCGUCUGGGUCCAAUCGGCAGCCCGUCGCUGGCACGGAGUACAUAAAGUUCAAAGGUUCCUUACUACGGAGUACAUUACGCCAAGUCGCGAAUACAACACACACAGUCCUCGUCGUCUCCUUUCCCGCCGAGCCCUGCGUCUCACCUGCAGGGCCACUCGUACCAUCUACCUCGUGCCGCCCGUACCGACUCGCUCGUUCCUCUCCAUUCCUUCGGCCGCUAUACCGCAACGGGUACUAAAUCAACCUGGCCAAAAGAGUCUCGUCGCCCUCGUCCCUUGGACAACGUCGACAUUCCACCUUUUGUCCUCCUUGCCAUCGACAACCGCAAUCAGCAGAUCGCCCGAAAUCUCGACUGAGGCCACAUCGCGAAAGCUCUCGCCUUCUGAUCGCCGUCUCUGAACCGCCGCCUGACUUACAAGGCCAUUGCGCGCAUCACGAACCACCCGCCGCUAUAUACACCGUUUUCUUGGCUGCUGGUCAGCUUCGUCGAUAAUCCGCCAAAAUGACGCUCAAGGAAGAAUUCCAGACCCGGAAUUUCAG